UUAAACAUGGUUUCAGCUGCUGGUCUUAUUAUGAGUAGUGCCCUUGGUGCUGUCACCAGAAGAAUGCAAGUCCAACUCAUUGGUAAGUCAUUCCCAGCCUCUUGGUCAAGAGUUCCAGGUUAUGCAUACUCCAUUGGUUUUUUUGUUGGUGGUUAUUUAAUUUCUGAUUAUUACAUUGAUAAAAGUAGAGAACUUUUGAAUAGAAGAUUACAAGUUUUACGUGAACAAAGAGCUCAAGAUGACAUUUUCCACGAACUCGAUACUCAAGUUGAUAAUAGAUUUACUUCACAAAAGAGAGUUGGGUUAUUAUCAAGCUAUUUUGAUAAAUAUGGCCAACCAUACAAAUAAUCGCACUUCACUUCUCCUUGUAAAUUAAUUGUCCAUUGAUAUUAUGAAUCGAUCUUUAGACCAAUCUUCGAAAGAAAAUAAAAAC